AUGCUCAACCUCAACAAAAUUACAGAAAUCUUUCAGCUCCUCAGUUCUGACGGUGUCCGUGUGAUCCUGCUGAACUGGUGCGCCUGGUUCCUGAGGAUGAAACAGCCCAAAGACAAGCGCAAACGUCCAGUGUACAAGUACCGGCAGGCGUCACAGCAGCUCUCUACCACCAGCUCCAUCGAACUGGGGACCGUCCCGAGUGCGUCUGUACCUCUCUCCCAGGGGUCCGGCCCGCCCUGCCCACCCGGGGCCUCCAAUGGAUCCACGGGCCUCUACUACGGAAACUACCAUUCAGUGGACAGCUCGCAUUGCGCUACCUCUAGCGACUCUGGGGUUGCACUGGGGGGGCGGGUCUGUGAUGACGGAGAGCCCCCAGUGACGAGUGGCGGCUUGGGGUUAGGAGUACUGUACCCCCCUCAAGAAAUAAUACGCAUUUUGGAGGAAGUGUCUUACAUAGCCCAGAGAUUUCGGGAUCAAGACGAGGCCGAAUCGGUCUGCAGCGAGUGGAAGUUUGCGGCAGCGGUGGUGGACAGGUUAUGUCUGGUGGCCUUCUCUCUCUUCUCCAUCAUCAUCACCUUUACCAUCCUCAUGUCGGCACCCAAUUUUAUAGAGGCAGUUUCAAAGGACUUCACAUAA